AUGGACGCCUUCACAAUCCCCGGAGGAAGAUGCGUGUCAAGGUCCACAGAGCCAGGACUGAGAUGUACAAGGCAACUGGCCACGAAACCGGACAUACCACAUCUUCUCGGCAGCCUCGUGUUCGUACAGCAGCAGACGAUGGACCCAGAUCUCGGUACCAGCGCGUACCUGAUAUUCAUUGGAGGCGCAGGCUGCGCGGAUCACCACCUACGACAAGUUGAUCCAGCAUGGUCGGCGAUCCGCGCACAGUUUCUCAAGACCGGCUGCACCUCCGCAGUCUGCACAUCUACUUUUGCGCCCACGACUAUGACAACAAUCCCGCCGUGCAAGACAAAACACCUGGCAGAGAUCGACCUCCUUCUCCGAUCACCGUCGCCAAGAACCGUUCGAGCCUACUCAAACUUCAACCUCUCCAAGAUUCCAAACCCUCGACGGCCUGGCGCCUCCGGACACCACCUUGACCCGAACCACGCCUAUGCUUGA